GGUCCGGUCAGCCCAGGAUGGGCCAUCACAGGAGAAACCGUCCUUGACGAGGGAUCGAUGAACGACUCGGAAGAACCGGGCGUUGAUCAUGGUGACACUUCUAUGAGAGGCGAGAUACGCUUUGACGAAGCUGGCGACGCUACGACCGAAGACGAAGGAGAUGUUGUGAUCGAAGGCGAUGCGAAAAGACAUGGGGCGGAUGAAGACAGUGCGGUCAACGAAAAGCAAGUUGUCAUAACAGGCCACAUUAGCCCGCUGAGUUGGAGGCCAGGUCGGAAGUCGAAGUAGGAGUGGAAGUGGGCAUGAGACACCAGCACGAGAUGGCAUCAAGGGCCGUGACGAAGAUAGCACAAACUUUGUGGCGAACGACAACGUUCAGAGAGAAGUACUUAGCGUGGGAUCUGUGGCGCUGGCCCUAACCCCACAGAAGCUGCCUAUGCUCCCAAUAGUCGAAACCACUGUUCCUACACCUCAGUUUGCGAUCGGACGGCCUGUAGAUACCAUCUCAGAUAGAUGAAGUGCAAUAAAUAGGAUAUAUUAAGCAAAGCGCCGGAAAACGUCAGGCGAAGAUACUGCCACCUAUGAAUACAAUCCGUUACCAGCCUGAGUGACCUUCGUGAUUGUUACACAAGUUCAACAAGCCUAAGAUCUGGCAAAGAGAAAGAAGCCGUAGGAGCAGAGGGUCAUCCGCGGAGCAUAGAAAAUGCAGCAAACCACCCAUCGGUAUCGGCGUCGACAACAGCAGCAGCUCUGCGUUGUAGAUCACUAGGUAUGCCGGCGGUGGCCCAAUAGCUGGCAAUCCUGCGCCCGCACGAUCGACGUUGCGGUGAAAAUUU